UCUCCUGACUGUUAUAUUAAAUUUCCUAUUUAAUGCCUCCACCUUGUGGACAGAAAGAAUAUGACAACACCCUGCUGACAAACUGCAGCCUGGUUUAAAAUACUUAUGUCUGCCUACUUCCUACUAACUCUCCUCUAUACAGGAUCAUGAAAGACUUAAAAUCAUGUGUGAAGUAGGACUUACUGUAAGGAAAAUGCAUUUGAGGAAAAUAUGAGCAUUUAUUGAGAUUGCCCCAAGAGUUUUUGAGUGAUUAACCAUUGUCAAGCGUUAAUCGUCAUUCUUCCAACGUGAGAGGGAAGAAAGAAUGUUAAAAUCGACUUCCCUCUUCACUGUAUAUUAAGUUCUGUCGUGUCUUAUUCUCCACUCCUCAGCUCCUCCUAUUAGCUCAGACUUCACACACAUCUGGUUGCUUUGGUUUUUCUCCAAAACUGAAUACUGCAAAAGCCUGAGGGGGAAAGUAAGGAGGGGAAAGGAGGGGGGGCGAGAAAGAAGAUAUGUGAAGAAAGGGGAGUGGAAAAUAUGGACAAGAAAGAGAAAGGAGCAAAGUAAGAAAAUAAUCACCGGCGGAAAACAGUGAGUUCAACAGCACAUUUCCAGGAAGAGACAGUUUGAGCAGAAGAGAAACAGAGAGAGAGAGAAAAAAGCAGAAUUUGUUUUGGCAAAAAUAGUUAUCUCAGGCAAAGGUUUGUGUGUUUAUCCACCAGCAGGUCACAAUAUGGCGCUAUUCCCAUUCUUCAAGAAGCUCGCAGACUUCCUCCAUGGACGUAAAGCCGCUGUCAGUGUGGAGUCGUCUCAUCCUAUCUUUCAUGCCUUGGGAAUGGACAGGGGAAGAGUAAUGACAGAUGUGAAGGUCAUCAAGGCACUGGCACCACAAACUCCUCUGGAGACCCCAUGGGGUGCUCCUUUAGUGUGGGGUGACACCCGUAAAUCAACUUGGCGCAGGGCUAAAUUUGCAAAUCAGGGAACCCAUACAGGUCUGCUGGCCGUCGUGCUGGGAACUUAUGCCCAGUUUGUUCGACGUUUCCUCUCAUCAGCUGAAAUCCACUUUCUCCCUGGUCAGAUGGUCACCUACUACAUUCUCACGGACAAUCCCCGCUCUCUGGAUCCUCCCAUUUUGUUGGGGCCAAAACGUCAGCUGAGGGUGGUUCCUGUUGCAGAGCUGCCUGGUUGGGACAGAUUGGCCCGUCGCCGGAUGGCCAUGCUUGCUGAUGCUAUCAGGAACCCAAUUGGCAGAGAGGUUGAAUACCUCUUCUGUGCUGACAUCGAUCAGGAGUUUGUGGCCCCUGUGGGAGAGGAAAUCCUGGGAGACCUGGUGGCCACAUUGCACCCAGAGCUCUAUGGGAUGCCACGAAAUGCAUUUCCUUACGAAGUCGAAGAGGUCUCAUCAGCUUGCGUGGAGGAGGAUGAAGGGGACUAUUACUACACCUCUGAGUUGUAUGGGGGUUUGGUUUCUGAGAUGUACAGACUGGCUCGAGCCUGUUCUUUGCUCAUUUUGCAGGACCAGGCUAACGGGGUAAUGGCCAGGGGCUUCGAGGAGAGCUACCUGAACCGCUACUUGAUCGACCACAGGCCAACCUGUGUGCUGUCCCCAGAGUACAGCUGGUGGGACUCGGCCCUGGCUCCUGAUGUGCUUGUACAGAGACUUGUCUCUUUGGGAAGGAACCAGAAAAGAGAAUCAAUGUAAAAUGAGGGACAGAAGGGUUCUGCUGGCUGAACGCAUUGAAGUAUGGAUGCAGAUCUCAUUCCCACAUGAAGAACUACUGUUUUUAGUUUUAAAUUUCCUUUUGGAGAAGGUCUCUGCUCAAAUAUUAGCAAACCGUGUUUUGAUAAGGACAAGGAGAUGAAGGGAAAAGAUGAAGAGAAAGCAUAUAUUCCAAUCGUCUUUAUUCAAUUCAUAAUUCAUAAUUUCCAUUUCAUUUUCUGUUCUAUUAGCCAAUAAAUGUAGCCUGCAAUCACACCGAAGCAAACUGCCCAAUCUGCUCUCAAUUAAAGACCCAUUUGUGUGAACAGGAUCUCUGCAUGCUAUCUCCUCCACAGCAGACAAAAAAGAAAUUGACCUGUCUCUUUAAACAAAGCACUGUGCUCUCCAUUAAUGUCAGCCUCAGAGAUACUGCUCUAGUGGCUUUGUGGUCAGCCGUGAUAAGAGUCAACAGUGUAAGAGCACACUUUCCCUGCAGUGGCCAAUCAUUAAGUGGAAGAGCUGCUGUUUCAAGGUCUUUAAAUACCAGGUGGGGGGGAAAUGGCUACAACGAGAUGCUGUUUCUCCAGGUUACACGUGUACAGAAGCUUCAGCAAAAGUUAAAAUAGUUUUAAAAUGGGUGAAACUGGUUCAGGUUCAUUAAAAUGAAAACAUUUCCCCAUUAUCUGUAGGAGUAAAAGGUAAACUCAAA